CACACGCGCAAUGCAUCCGCAAAACGCUCCGCCGUUUCUUAUCCUCUUGCUACCCCCGGGCGAGUCACGGAGCCGGCCUCGCACAGCACGAGAGGAAGUCCCGCGCCUCCUUGCUUGUUCUUGAUUUUCCCUCGAACGAGGUGAUUUCAAGAUUCGAUCCUCUCGGCAAUCCCCCAAAGCACCCGCCAUUAUCUCCCACUUUCAAGGACCCAUCUUUUAAGCCACAGUUCUUGUUCUUCCGCUUUGGUAAAUUUGCAGUAUUGGAAGCGAUGCGUAGGUAGACGCUCUUAGCGCGCUCGGACAUGGCUUGUCUUUCUGUCAUUUGCAAUAAUGGGUUCUUCAAGUCUCGAGAGCUCCUGGGCGUUCGGGUCGGAAAGGCCGGUUCUUGUGGGCAUCGGAGUCUUGGCGGUGGCCUUGCUCUGUUUCCUCUGGUGAAGUUCCAAACUUUGCGCAAAUUCGAACGUGGGUCGUCGUGUAAUGCUAACUCGAUGCAAAAGCUCUCUAGACAUGAUUGGAUUCGGCCUUUAAGGUUUCAUGGCGGUUCUAAGUGGCCCCCUGGAUUGUCCUGUAGAAGUAGAAUUGAGCCCGGGAGCGAUGGAUUUAGUGAUAUUGAGCGGGGUUAUGUGAGGAAAGGAAGAAGAGGUAUUAGGAGGAAAUUCUCGCUGAGAUUGCGCCCGAGAUUUUGGUUGUUGGCCUCGAGAUUUAAGAGGGUCUCGGCUAUGUCCAUGUUGAAUGAUUUGGGGGUGUUCUUGAGAAAGAAUUUGAAGAGAGUGACUCUUUCAGCUUCAGUUUCUGUAGCAUUGGGUCUUUGUUAUAUUUUUCUGAAAGUGACAGCUUUGCCAUCUCCAAAACUUGUUCCUUACUCAGACUUGAUUAUGAGCCUUCAAGAUGGCAAUGUUACUAAGGUUUUGCUCGAAGAAGGGUCUCGUCGGAUAUAUUACAACGCGAGCUCAGGAAGUCAGGUAAAUGAUAAAAUUCCAGAGGAAAAGUUGAUGGAGAGUAAUUCUCCAAUUGGAACUGCAGUUGAUAUAACUGAAAAGAAUGAUGUUGUUCCAGCUGGAAGGAUGAUCAGUGCAAGCAUGCCUAAGAAAUUUUUGAGAGCACGUGCUGCUAUGCCACAGUGGCAAUAUGCCACUCGGAAGAUUGAUCAUGAUGAAAAGUUUCUUCUAAAUUUGAUGAGAGAAAAAGGAACAAUUUAUAGCUCAGCCCCUCAGUCAGUGUUGAUGUCCGUCAGGAGUACCUUGAUAACUAUAAUAUCAUUGUGGAUUCCUUUGACUCCAUUGAUGUGGCUUCUCUAUCGACAACUUUCUGCUGCUAAUAGCCCUGCAAAAAAGAGGCAGCCUAAUAGUCAGACAGUCAACUUUGAUGAUGUCGAGGGUGUUGAUGCUGCUAAGGUUGAGCUUAUGGAGAUAGUCUCCUGCCUUCAAGGAGCAAUUAACUAUAAAAAGCUAGGGGCUAAGUUGCCUGGAGGGGUACUGCUGGUGGGUCCUCCUGGAACUGGGAAGACAUUGCUGGCCCGUGCAGUUGCGGGAGAAGCCGGAGUACCCUUUUUCACUGUUUCUGCGAGUGAGUUUGUGGAGUUGUUUGUUGGAAGAGGAGCAGCUCGCAUCAGAGACUUGUUUACUGCUGCGAGAAAAUGUUCCCCAUCGAUAAUAUUUAUCGAUGAACUGGAUGCUGUUGGCGGAAAGCGUGGUAGAAGCUUCAAUGAUGAACGCGACCAAACAUUAAACCAGCUGCUGACAGAAAUGGAUGGAUUUGAGUCGGACACAAAAGUGAUUGUUCUUGCAGCAACCAACAGACCUGAAGCAUUAGACCCCGCUCUCUGCCGUCCUGGUCGCUUCUCGAGAAAAGUUCUUGUGGGAGAGCCGGAUGAGGAAGGAAGGAGAAGAAUUUUGGGUGUACAUCUGAGAGGAGUUCCUCUUGAUGAAGACAUUGAGAUUAUAUGUGAUCUAGUAGCUUCUCUUACCCCGGGAUUUGUGGGCGCUGAUCUUGCAAAUAUUGUGAAUGAAGCAGCUCUGCUAGCUGCUCGUAGAGGUGGUGAAACGGUGUUAAGGGAGGAUAUUAUGGAAGCAGUUGAAAGAGCUAAAUAUGGUAUCAAUGAUCAGCAACUAAGGCCAAAUACAAUCAGCAAGGAGCUAGGAAAAUUGUUUCCUUGGAUUCCAUCCAUAAUGGGAAGGAAUGACACAAGAGAAGAUGGACUUCAAGGCCCCAUGGGUUAUCAAACUCUAAGCGGAUAAAAAUGGGUAGCCUUGGUCCAUUUAGACACAGAAGCCAUUGCACUGAGUUCCUUGGACCCUAGUAUCAUGUAUUGGAGGAAGAGACUGCAAGAAAGAUGACCCCUUUCCUCCUCUAAGCAGGCUGUUCCAUGGGGGAAAAUGCGCCCCUCCAAGAGGGACUGAUGAAGAUGAUCUGAGGAUGCAAACUUAAGCGCUGGCAGUUGGGAAUUCAUCUUACAAUUGUGCACCAACUGCUGUUCGAAUGAUCUUAUGUGCGUUAAAUCUCCUGCUAGUCUUACACCACAAUUGUGAGAAAAUGGUCUAUGAUGUUGAUCAUGAAAGCUUUGUGCAACAAAUUACGUGCUCCAGAUCCAUCUGCUGUCGAGCUCUACUUACUUACGUGAUGUCAAACUUUCCUUCAAUAUCUGAGGAUAGCAUCGGACGGACUCCGUGAGGAAUGGUCCUUAGUGGUCAGGGUGUUUCUCAAAUUUGUUAGUAGUUUUGGAGUUUGGUUGAGCACUUGACAUGCUCAUGAUAUGGCACCUCCAUCAGUUUGGAUAGAGUUGGGACUUCGCUCCCAUUGUGACACAAUUUUCAUUGAAAAAAUCAUAAAACCAUCUUACAACCUUUUCUCUUUGUUGUAGCUUUGUAACCUGUAGCUUCGAAACACCCUUUAAUUUCAUGAUAUUAUGCUUUGCUUUGUAACUGGA